GUAUAGCGCUGCCUGCCUUUGAGUUGAAUUCAUUUCAUAAGUCAUUAACAACAAAGUUCUCUUUGACAACUUAUAUCAUCAAAUAAGUAACGCCUAUUCAUAAGAAACCUAUCUAUCCAUUCUCUAAAAUGAAGUUCACUCUUGCUCUUGCCACCUUUGUUGCCGCCGUCUACGGCCAAACCGUUGGCGACAUUCCUUCAUGCGCUAUUCCUUGUCUCGACGCUGCGAUUACAAAAGAUACAAACUGCGCAACUACUGAUUAUGCAUGCGCCUGCAAAUCUUUCAAUGCCAUUGAGACGGACGCCACUGCAUGCGUUGUCGCCGCUUGCGGCGCCGAUGUUGCUAUCAACCAAGUUCUCCCUGCCGUUCAGGCUCUCUGCGCCGCACAGUAAAAGUUUACGGGCGAAUAUCGGAAGCGAAGGUUAAAAGCUGGACGCUUGAUGUAUAUAACAGAAUUAAAUGGCUGAAUAAUAUAUACAAUUAGUCAACUUCGGUUAUAUUGUUCCCC